UCUCUUGUCCUUCACAGCCGUCGUCGACCCACCUGCUGCGUGUUAUCAGUUCCACCUGGGUUGCGUCGUUGCAUGCGUCGUUGCCGUGAUAACUCCAAUGAUACGUGGCGAGAGCGGUGCUGUGCUCUCGGAAACCGUCGCGGAGGCUUGAGCAUCGUCGAGGUAUAAAACAAUAGUACAUUGAACGGUGCUCUUCCAACGACACCGUCCUCUCAAGGUUCGUCAGCGCCAGCUUCAGAGCCCGCACACUCUCGGUCACCAUGUUCAAGUCCGUUGUUCUCGCUCUCUUCGUCUCUGUGUCGGCCGUCAUCGCCACACCCGCAGCGUUGAGUGGUGGGGCCAUCACUGAGAGGAAGUGCGGGACCACCAUCUCUGAUGAGAAGCUGGCUGCCAACGAGGCGCACUACCUCGCGAACUUCGUCCCCAAGUCCGCAUCCAAAGUGACCGCCGAGGCCGCUGCUGCUCCGACGGUAAAAGUCUACUGGCAUGUCAUCAGCAAGGACUCCACCGCCUCCGGCGGCAACAUUCCUGCUUCACAGAUUAGUGACCAGAUCGACGUCCUCAACGAGGAUUACUCGUCCCUGGGCCUGACCUUCAAGCUUGCGAACACGACUCGUACCGUCAACUCAGAGUGGUUCAACGAGGUUGGCCCCGACUCGUCGCUCCAGACGACUAUGAAAAAGCAGCUCCGCCAGGGCGGCAAGGCAGACCUCAAUGUCUACACUGUCGGCUUCGUCUCUGGCUCCGGGGAGGGCCUACUUGGCUACUCGACCUUCCCCUCGGACUACAGCGGGAACCCCAAGGAUGACGGCGUCGUCAUCCUCUUCUCUUCCCUUCCUGGAGGCAGCACCACCAAUUACAACGAGGGCAAGACUCUAACUCAUGAGGCAGGUCACUGGGUUGGUCUCUACCACACCUUCCAGGGUGGCUGCAGCGGCUCCGGCGACCAUGUCUCUGACACCCCCGCUGAGGCUUCCGCCGCUUCUGGGUGCCCUACCAACCGUGAUACUUGUUCGUCUGCCGGCGUCGACCCGAUCCACAACUACAUGGACUACUCCUACGACAGCUGCAUGACGGAAUUCACUCCUGGUCAGGCUACCCGUGCUUCUGGCCAGCUCCGCACGUACCGCGGUAUCUCGGUCUGAGCGAUGAUGGACUUAGCAGUAACAUGGCUCGUACAUAUGUGAUAUGAUGACUUGCACGGUCUAUAACGCACAUGUACUACUUUGCUGUCGAAUUCCUA